ACAAGGACCCGGAAGUCCUCCUGAUUCCGCGGGUCUUUUGGGACAACACAGCUCCGCACAUCAGGGUGCAGAAAUGGCGGGAGUAAAUACCAUGGAGAAGAAACUGGCUGAAUACAAGUGUGACACCAAUGAGGCUAUAUGCUUGAAACUGGUUCGCUUUGCGGAGGAUGUUGAGGAUGAUGGCACCACGUUCCACCCUGAGUACAGCCACCAAAUUUAUGGGGACGAUGAGGUCGCUUUUGGAUACAAAGGUCUUCAGAUACAGCUCUUCUACACUGCUGGAAACUUGAGCACCCUCCUCAAAGUGAAAUAUUCCUCAAAAGUCACAGAGAUGUUUGACUGUGUGGAGCCAGAUGAUAUCGAAGGAAAGAUCCGGGAAAUCGUUCCCGCUGGGUUCACCUGCAACACCGACGACUUCAUCUCACUGCUGGAGAAAGAGGCCAAUUUCAAACCCUUCGGCACUCUGCUUCACACGUACACCGUCCACAGCGAGGAGGCGGGAGAACUCACGUACCAGAUUCACAAGGCUGAUAUCACCUGCCCCGGAUUCCAAGAGUACCACGAGCGCCUGCAGACCUUCCUCAUGUGGUUCAUAGAGACCGCCAGUUUCAUCGAUGCAGACGACGAUCGUUGGGACUUCUUUCUUGUAUUUGAAAAGUACAAUAAAGAUGGGGAGACUCUCUACGCAACUGUUGGCUACAUGACAGUUUAUAAUUACUACGUGUAUCCAGACAAAACCCGACCACGUGUAAGCCAAAUGUUGAUCCUGCCUCCGUUCCAAGGAGAAGGUCACGGAGCUCAGCUUCUGGAGGCAGUUCACAGAUUUUACUGCAGUCUGCCCAAAGUGCAGGACAUCACAGCUGAAGACCCCUCUGAGAGCUACGUGAAGCUGAGAGACUAUGUGCUGGUCAAGUUUUGUCAAGGCAUGCAGUCCUUCGCUGUGGACAAGCUGCACCUCGGCUUCUCAGCUGAAAUGGCCAAAGAGGCACAAGACAAGUUGAAAAUUAACAAGAAACAUGCGAGGCGAGUGUAUGAAAUCCUGCGCCUGAGAGCAACAGACAUGAGUGAUGAAGAAAAAGCAAGAGAGUACCGUUUGGAGGUGAAGAAGAGGCUAUUUGGACCAUACAGGAAGAAUCAGAGGGAGAUGACGAAGAUGAGGAAGUGCCUGCGGCCGGAGGAGCUGGUGUCCCACAUGGAUCAGAUGGACACUCAGACGCAGCACGAGGAGCUGGAGAAGAGUUAUCAGGUUGUUGUGGAAGACUACAGGAGAAUCAUUGAGAGGAUUGCGACACAGGCCUGAUCAGACUCUGAAACGCUGCUGGCCUGGAGCCUGACACACACAGGUGGUCUACCCUGUCUGUACAAAGCCCACAUCACCACAGACGUUAGCUGCAACCGAGAAGAAGCUCUCCUGUUGUAACAAAAUCACUGUUUUCAUUAAAGAGUGUUACAGAUUUAUUGUGGCGGAGUCAGUGGAUAGAUUGCAGUGGAGAAAACAUGUCUCUUUCCCAGCUGAUGUUGAUACAGAAGCGGAGAACGGUGCAGCUGGAGGGUUUUGACUUACUGUUUGUCCCAUGAGUGUAUUCACAUUGUGUGGGAUUAACUGAUACGUAAUAUUUCACAGGUUAUUGGAGGUCUACUACCCUGCAGACAAAUCCUGCUUCUUCUCCAUCAUAGACAAUUUUUUUAAGAUCUUUUGUCAAAACUAUUCCAAAUAUGUGAUUUGAAGCACUUCAUACUGAAAAUAAAAAAAAUCGUUUUGUAUAUUG